AUGGUCGAGGAUAAGGAGAACAUCGCGUUUACGCAUGGUGGUGAUGAAACUUCGGAUCAUCCCAUGAGCCACAUGGAACCGAAGGAUGUUUUCGUCAUGGCAUUGCGAAAAUCGGCAAACAAAGAGGAAAUGGCUAAUUGGACCGAUGUUCGUGCACAUUACAAAAAGUUUACUGGACGACACUUGAAUCAAGAUGAGCUUGGAAGAAUUGCGGAAAAUCUCGACAAAACUAGACGAGAGUUGUUCAACGAUGAAUUGUCCGCCUACUUGACUCCGAUUGACUCUCAAGGAAAUAUUGUUCGCGUCCACUUUAAGAAAGGUCUCACGCCAAUCGGACUUGACGGAGGAAAGAUCGGGCAUUUAAAUGCAGCGCCGGCUGAGAAUAAAGCCAUGUCUUUGGGCCCCAGUGGAGAUGAUUCUGGUUACAAAAUGGACGUUGUUCCUCCAGCACCAAAACCAAUUGUGGAAGAACCAGCAGCCAAGAAAAUGCUUUUACUUCGAAAAGAAAAACAGCCGGAGCCUUUGCCAAAACAAAAUGUUGAAGAAGCGCCACAGCGGUAUGGAUAUCAGAUGGAUUUUGGCCGCUCUUUGCCUGCAGUACUUGCACCACAGAAAGCCUUUCAUGAGCAAAUUGAAAAGGAACUCACUCAGGGGCUUAAACACGAAGGAAUCGAUACACAAUCUAACAAAUCUGCUGUCGAGCCUGGAACGCAUCAACCUCAGCGUGUUCCUACCUGGGAAAAGGGUUUUGCAACUGUUGAAUCAAAUGCUUCUAGCCAUGGCAAAACGGUCAGGGAAAUUGCUGCUUUUCUCGAAGAGUGCAGAAACAAUGAGCCAAACCAUGGUGAACACGGAGAGAAGAAUGUUUUGGCUCUCGGCGAAGAAGUACCACAAGAAGAUCUUGUCAUUGCUGGAAUAACGAAUGCUCCUGAAAUUACCAAAGAAAGUUCCUCGAAAAAGAAGAAGGACCACAAUCGCCAUCUUAUGAGACAACGCCAGCGCCUCACUUGCUGUUCAAUUCUU